CGAGCAGCCAGAGGGCGGGGCGCGAGGAGGCCUCAGCUGUCCCCGCCAGGCAGUACCCUGCGCCGCGCCGUGGCAGCUCAGCUCCGGCUAGCGUGGUGGGGAUCUGCGGGAGCCUCCCUUCACCCCCACUUCUGGGGUCACUGCCACUCAGGCAGGCCAGGUUCAAAUGGGCUUUUUUGGGUCGCCCCACUGCCCGCUCCUUCCUUAACUGGGGGCUGAUGCCCCACAACCCUCAGGAGAAGAGCCAGGCCUAUCCCCGCCGCCACCUUGGGAGCCACACAGGCCGUAAGAGCCCUGAGGCCGCCGCAAGCGCAGCCAUGUACACCUUCGUGCCUGACAAUUUCUCGCCUUCCAAGCCCAAGCCGUCCAAGGAGCUGAAGCCGCUGCUGGGCUCCGCGGUGCUGGGGCUGCUGCUGGUAUUGGCCGCGGUCGUGGCCUGGUGCUACUACAGCGCCUCUCUACGCAAGGCGGAACGCCUGCGCACCGAGCUGCUGGACCUCAACCGCGGCGGCUUCUCCAUCCGCAACCAGAAGGGCGAGCAGGUCUUCCGUCUGGCCUUCCGCUCGGGAGCGCUGGAUCUCGACUCCUGCAGCCGCGACGGCGCCCGGCUAGGCUGCUCGCGCACAGCCGACGGGUGCCCGCUGCACUUCUUCAUCCAGACUGUGCGGUCCAAGGACACGGUCAUGUGCUACCGCGUGCGCUGGGAGGAGGCGGUGCCGGGGCGCGCCGUGGAGCAUGCCAUGUUCCUGGGAGACGCGGCGGCGCACUGGUACGGCGGCGCUGAGAUGAGGACGCAGCACUGGCCCAUCCGCCUGGACGGCCAGCAGGAGCCGCAGCCCUUCGUCACCAGCGACGUCUUCUCCUCCGAUGCGGCUUUCGGAGGCAUCCUCGAGCGCUAUUGGCUGUCGUCGCGUGCGGCUGCCAUCAAGGUCAAUGACUCAGUGCCCUUCCAUUUGGGCUGGAACAGCACGGAGCGCUCGCUGCGGCUGCAGGCGCGCUACCACGACACGCCCUACAAGCCGCCCGCCGGCCGCGCCGCAGCGCCAGAGCUCAGCUACCGCGUGUGCGUCGGCUCGGACGUCACCUCUAUCCACAAGUACAUGGUGCGGCGCUAUUUCAACAAGCCGUCGAGGGUGCCAGCCCCCGAGGCCUUCCGGGACCCCAUCUGGUCCACGUGGGUGCUGUACGGGCGCGCCGUGGACCAGGACAAGGUGCUGCGUUUGGCCCAACAGAUCCGCCAGCACCGCUUCAACAGCAGCCAUCUGGAAAUCGACGACAUGUACACACCUGCCUAUGGUGACUUCGACUUCGACGAAGCCAAGUUCCCCAACGCCAGCGACAUGUUCCGCCGCCUGCGCGAGGCCGGCUUUCGCGUCACGCUCUGGGUGCACCCGUUCGUCAACUACAACUCGUCGCGCUUUGGCGAGGGCGUGGAGCGCGAGCUGUUCGUGCGCGAGCCCACGGGUCGGCUGCCCGCGCUCGUGCGCUGGUGGAACGGCAUCGGCGCGGUGCUCGACUUCACGCGCCCCGAGGCCCGCGACUGGUUCCAGGGGCACCUGCGGCGGCUGCGCUCGCGCUAUGCACUGGCCUCCUUCAAGUUCGACGCCGGCGAGGUCAGCUACCUGCCGCGGGACUUCAGCACCUACAGGCCGCUGCCCGACCCCAGCGUCUGGAGCCGGCGCUACACCGAGAUGGCACUGCCCUUCUUCUCGCUGGCCGAGGUCCGCGUAGGCUACCAGUCCCAGAACAUCUCGUGUUUCUUCCGCCUGGUGGACCGGGACUCGGUGUGGGGCUACGAUCUGGGACUGCGCUCGCUUAUCCCCGCGGUGCUCACCGUCAGCAUGCUGGGCUACCCGUUCAUCCUGCCCGAUAUGGUGGGUGGCAACGCGGUGCCUGAGCGCACGGCGGGCGGCGGCGAUGUGCCCGAGCGCGAGCUCUACGUGCGCUGGCUGGAGGUGGCCGCCUUCAUGCCCGCUAUGCAGUUCUCAGUCCCCCCCUGGCGAUACGACGCCGAAGUGGUGGCCAUCGCGCACAAGUUCGCCGCACUGAGGGCCUCGCUCGUGGCGCCGCUGUUGCUUGAGCUAGCGGGUGAGGUCACCGACACGGGCGACCCGAUCGUGCGCCCCCUCUGGUGGAUCGCGCCCGGCGACGAGACGGCGCACCGCAUCGACUCGCAAUUCCUUAUCGGGGACACGCUGCUCGUGGCGCCGGUGCUGGAACCCGGCAAGCAGGAACGGGAUGUCUACCUGCCGGCGGGCAAGUGGCGCAGCUAUAAAGGCGAGCUUUUCGACAAGACGCCCGUGCUGCUCACUGAUUACCCCGUCGACCUGGACGAGGUCGCCUACUUCAUCUGGGCACCCUGACCCAGCCCGGAACCCGGGAACCCCACAGCCCUAACCCCAGUCUUCAUGCGGGCCUUUAACCCUUUAUCACAACCACAUCGUGUAUCCCCAGGAAGUCCCCAUCUCUGUACCACCCACUGACAGGGUGCUCAGGUAAACGUGCCUGAGCCAGCUCCUGCUAGGCCAGGGGAGGGGGCGCUGGAACAACCGCCCACAGCAGCCACGAUCCUAACAGCCCCCUUUCCCUCCACACUCCCUCCAGUCUGCAGAAACCUCUGCCCUGGGGUGGGGGCGAAAGCUCAGAGGAAGGUGGUCAGCUCUCUUCCUGCUACACACGGGUGAGUUUUAAAAGCACAAAGA